AAUUGAAAAGAUGUGGGUGCGAGAUGGAGCCGCAUAUUUCUUUGGUCCAAUCUUUAUACAUCCUGAAGAAACUGAACAUGAGCCAACUAAAAUGUUCUACAAGAAGGAAGUGUUUUUGAGUAACUUGGAGGAGACCUGUCCAAUGACUUGCAUUUUGGGAAAGUGUGCAGUUCUGUCAUUCAAAGACUUCCUCUCCUGCAGACCAACAGAAAUCUCUGAAAACGAUGUUUUCCUUUGUGAGAGCCGCUACAAUGAAAGUGACAAACAAAUGAAGAAAUUCAAAGGGCUGAAGAGGUUUUCGCUCUCUGCAAAAGUUGUAGAUGACGAAAUAUACUAUUUUAGAAAACCCAUAGUUCCUCAGAAGGAACCAUCUCCACUACUGGAAAAGAAGAUCCAGCAGCUAGAAGCAAAAUUUGCCGAGUUGGAAGGAGGUGAUGAGGACAUGGAAGAGAUUGGAGAAGAGGAAGGUGAUAUGACUGAAACACAGUCUAUGCCUCAGCUUCAGACCCCGCUAGCUAGUGAACUGGAUAUAAUGCCUUAUACUCCACCACAGUCUACUCCCAAGUCUGUUAAGGGCAGCACCAAGAAGGAAGGAUCAAAAAGGAAGAUCAACAUGAGCGGGUACAUCUUAUUUAGCAGCGAGAUGAGAGCUGUGAUUAAAGCUCAGCACCCAGACUACUCCUUUGGAGAGCUCAGCAGGCUUGUAGGAACUGAAUGGAGAAACUUGGAAGCAACAAAGAAAGCAGAAUAUGAAGAGCGGGCAGCUAAAGUUGCUGAGCAGCAGGAGAGAGAGCGAGCAGCACAGCAGCAGAAUUCCUCCCCCCGGGCAGGCACUCCUGUCGGGGCUCUUAUGGGGGUGGUGCCGCCACCAACACCAAUGGGGAUGCUCAAUCAGCAGUUGACACCCGUUGCAGGCAUGAUAAGUGGCUAUCCACCGGUGCUGCCACCUUUGCAGGGCCCAGUUGAUGGCAUUGUUAGCAUGGGCAGCAUGCAGCCACUUCACCCAGGGGUGCCCCCACCCCACCAACUUCCGCCAGGUAUGCCAGGCAUCCCAGGCAUCCCACCACCCGGUGUUAUAGGCCAAAAUGUGUCCCCCAUGGUAGGCACUCCAGCACCCGGAGGAAGUCCUUUUGGACAGCAG